CCACUAUGACCCUUGUGGCGCUGUUGUGCGUUUGCGAUGCGGUACUUCUAAAAAUUUCCACUUUGAAACUUUAGCCGAGACAGGACAGUUAACCCACCGCUCGCUACAGCAAUCAGUGGCCCGUAUUCAUUUAUUAAAGAUGCACAAGAAAGUUGUAUUCUACCCAGGUAAAACCUGUGUGGUGUUCCGCAAGGGGCCACUCGGAUACCUCCUCCAAGACCCGUCAGAUGAAGCUCGGCGGAUAAAAGACAACACCAAACUUCAGAACAAGUCUGUAGCAAUGAGGGAGGACCUGGUACAUCAGAAUGCUCUGACUGUGGUCCGUCACAGAGGAGGGGAUGCCUCCGACAGGCGUGAGGUGCAAGGAGAGUACAUCCUGCAGUUUGGAAAAUAUAAAGGAAAAUCUUUCCGGUGGCUUCUGGAAAAUGAUGUUGGGUACACCAUGUAUCUGAUCAAAAGUCUCCAGGAGGAAGAGGCUGCAGGGAUCGCCAUGGCUGAAAGGCAUAGUAAGGAUAGCCUGCAGUCAUUUGUACAGUAUGCCCUCAGUUUUACGGAGAUAAAGUCUCUUCAGGAUUAUGAGGCCAGCAGAGUGAGUGCUGCAGCAGAAGUCUCCUGUGAAGAUGAUCAGCUUGUUGGCUUUGGCUUACAAUCUAAGAGCACAUGGAAGGAGAUUUGGGAUGGCAGAGGUGAUGGCUACGCGGCCUUUAUCAUGGAAAAGAGCUGCAUUCAAGAAACACGGAUGUAUAAGCUGCAGCAGUACUUGCGCAAGAAGCAUCAGUCUGCCUCAGCUAGCACAAGGACCUCCACCAAACCCAUUGGAAUGGAUGAUGACAAAGAGUUGGAGGAGGCAAUGCUGAGUGUCUCACCUGAAAAACUUGAAGCCAACAGCUUAGUUACUGUGCCAGCAGCAGCAGCAGCAGCAGCAGAAGUACCCACACCCAGAGUGCCUUCAGGAGCAAAGACAGGUUUUUAAUGAAAGGUUUCAGAACUGGAGUACAAUUGUUUUACACGACGAAUUGCCCUCCAAAACUGAACCUUAACUUAAACUGUUAUAUCAUGUUGUUCUUGUGUUUGUGUUCUGGCCAUGUUCCGGCCACAUUCCUCCGAUAGUUUAGUUGUGUGCUGGCAUGAUAUUAACUGCUGUAAGGACUAUGAAUUGAUACCUGCCUUCAUGAAUUGAUAUCAACCACAAGGGGUGAGUAUGCACUUUUGUCCUUUAUGGGUGUUGUAUUAAAAGCGAUCAAGUAGCACUAGGCACUAACACCUGAAUGAAUGGUUGUUCAUUGACUCAUGUUGCUUCUCCUGCUUCAACAAGUAGAGGUUAGAAGAAUAAAUUUGUUUAGUUUCUGUUGCAAUUAGAUAUUUUACAUUUGUUUAACAAUGAGAAACAGGAGAAGUAAGAGUAUGAAUGUUUGAGUUCCUACUAACACCAACACUCACAUACAUUGUAAAUUAUGAAGUGACUAACACGUUUUUCCAUUGUAGCUCCCUCUGCGGCACUGUCCAUACCCCCUUCCGACACAACUACUGAACUUCAAGCAUCAUCAGCUGAUGGUGCAGCCUCAAAAGAUGAGAAGAGCAAGGUUCCUGUGCCUGUACCAAAGGAGCUGUCGUUUCUACUGAAGGAGACCACAGAUCAAACACAAGGGCCUGAGUCAAAUCCAGGGCCCAGCACAAGUGUUGCUUGCACAUCUGUGCGCAAAGUUCUCACUUUUGAAGACAGCAAUGAAGAUGGAGUGGAAAAGGCAGGAUACCACUGGGUGGACAGGGAUUGCUGUGCACCGUUUAAGAUCCCGGACUGCAUCCCUGGUGAAAAUCUAGACUGGGAUGCCUGGAAAACCACUCCUGCUAUUAUUGCUGCAGCCACAUCUGGACCACUGGCAAACUCUUGUGCCUCUCGAACAAAUUAUAAUCCAAACAUUGUUGUUAAACUGGACUUGUUCCACUGCCUGAGGCGAUUUUCACGAGAAUGCACCUCUGAGCAUCACCCUCUGAAUCUUGUUAUUCCUAAAACACUUCACAUAAUGAAUACAGUCCAUGCUUUUUGUAUAGGAGUUACAGCUUUUAUCUUUCUAACCUUUCUGUUCUAUUUAUGUUAUAAUAAAUAUGACUGCGU